UCACGCUCGGGGCCUGGUGCGGCCUGUGAGGGACCGAGGGAGGCCAUUUCGGCUGGAGCGUCUCCGAGAGCUCGGUCAGGAAUCGAAGUGGCAGAGUGGCUCCCCCGAGGGCUUCCGAGGAGCAGAACUUUAAGCCCACCAAUUCUGCAUUGGAGGGCAAGCACAAUCCAUAAUCUGCCAAUUUGGAUGUUGCAGCAAACUAUAGCUGACUUUGACCUGAUAAUCAUACCAUGGUUUGCUAUGUGUGAACCAGCUGCAAACAUAUAAUCAUUUGGAAAUAUCUUGAAAACUGCCAAAUCCUGGGAGGAAAACUACAUGACACUACAUCAUGAGCGAGAGUAAAUGUGACAGUCAGUUUUACAGUGUUCAAGUCUCAGACUCGACAUUCACUGUACUAAAACGUUACCAACAAUUGAAACCUAUUGGCUCUGGGGCUCAAGGCAUUGUAUGUGCUGCAUUUGAUACAGUUCUUGGACUAAAUGUUGCUGUAAAGAAAUUGAGUCGCCCUUUUCAGAACCAAACACAUGCAAAACGAGCUUACAGGGAACUUGUGCUUCUAAAAUGUGUCAAUCACAAAAAUAUAAUUAGUCUAUUAAAUGUAUUCACACCACAGAAGUCACUUGAAGAAUUUCAAGAUGUGUAUUUAGUUAUGGAACUAAUGGAUGCUAACUUGUGCCAAGUAAUUCAUAUGGAGUUGGAUCAUGAAAGAAUGUCCUACCUUUUGUACCAGAUGCUGUGUGGUAUCAAACAUCUCCAUUCAGCUGGUAUCAUCCAUAGAGAUUUAAAACCCAGCAAUAUAGUAGUAAAAUCAGAUUGUACUCUUAAAAUCCUUGACUUUGGACUUGCAAGGACGGCAUGUACUAAUUUCAUGAUGACCCCAUAUGUAGUAACACGAUAUUACAGAGCACCAGAGGUUAUUCUUGGCAUGGGAUACAAAGAGAAUGUUGAUAUCUGGUCAGUUGGUUGCAUCAUGGGAGAAUUGGUGAAAGGUUGUGUGAUAUUCCAAGGCACUGAUCAUAUUGACCAGUGGAAUAAAGUUAUUGAACAACUAGGUACACCAUCAGCAGAUUUUAUGAAAAAACUGCAGCCUACUGUGCGGAACUAUGUAGAAAAUAGGCCAAAAUAUCCAGGUAUCAAAUUUGAAGAGUUGUUCCCAGACUGGAUAUUUCCAUCGGAAUCUGAUCGGGACAAACUAAAAACCAGUCAAGCUAGAGAUUUACUAUCAAAAAUGCUAGUAGUAGAUCCAGACAAACGAAUUUCGGUAGAUGAAGCUUUGCGACAUCCAUAUAUCACUGUUUGGUAUGACCCAGCUGAAGCUGAAGCACCUCCCCCUCAAAUCUAUGAUGCACAGUUGGAAGAAAGAGAACAUGCCAUUGAAGAAUGGAAAGAACUAAUAUAUAAAGAAGUAAUGGAUUGGGAAGAAAGGAAUAAGAAUGGUUUGGUAAAAGAACAACCUUCAGAUGCAGCAGUGAAUAGCAACACCAGCCCUUCCCAGUCAUCAUCUAUCAAUGACAUUUCAUCCAUGUCGACAGAACAAACAUUGGCUUCAGACACAGACAGCAGCCUUGAUGCUUUGACAGGAACACUUGAAGGAUGCCGGUGAUCAGCUUUGCAGAUUUAACAUUGGCAAAGAACCUUUGCUUCUGUUGGGCCUGAAAUGCUUGUAAGUUUAUGGAACCAAGUAGAGAAACUCCAUGUUCUGCAUGUUUUUUCUAAAGUAAUGCCUGCGAUUUUACUCAGUUGAAAUAAGACUAUCUGCUUAUUAUUGUAAAAUGAAAACAGCUUUAUAUCUUGGGUCGAAACAAAUAUUACAAUACCUAUUCUGUUUUAACCUACAUCAGGUGAGCAGUUAGAGUAACUCGAAGCUCUGAUGAGUUCAUGGGCAUUCUGUCAGACAUCUGAAACAUAAUCAAUAUAAAUUUCAAAAAGAAGAAAGCCAUUGUAAGUGGCAUUGAAUGUAUAUCUUUACAAUUACAUACAUUUGCUAUAUUAGUGUAUCUUGCUGGUAUUUUCAGUACUGUAAAAUAUAGAGGCAGUUGUUUACCUACAUAGGAUUCUUUUAUCGGGGCCUUUUCAUCAACUUUUCUAUAAAAGAAGCAAACACGUGAAUUUUUGCUUCAUCUUUACAUCUGAAUGUAACUCUGCUUUUUUGAAUGUGCUCUUUCAGUGCUUUCAUUUCAAGGGGUAAGGUGGAAUAAGUAAAACGUGCCAUGUAGGGAUUUUUCUUAAUUCUUGCAUGCAUUUUUGAAUUAGUGUGUCUUUUAAAAAUAAGAUUUUGGGUGUCUUUAAAGCAGUUCAUAAAACACUCUUAGAAAUCCUGACCCCUUUUUUUCAUACUCUGGCAUUUCCAUGGAAAACUUGAUUAAAAAAUGGGGGCAUUCAAAGGGGUUGGAGGCCUACCUUGACCCUUUGAAUAGGCAUUAAAAUAUCUGCUUUUAUGGUCUGUAUAUUAAAUGGGAUCUUACUCCCUAUAUAAAAAUAACUACAUCUACAUCCAGAAUAAAUAGAAACUUCUAAAAGAAAGUGAAAGGGGCUAUUUUAAACACCGAACCAUAUGAAAAGGACUACAUUUAUUAUACAUAAUAGUGUGUCCCCACCCUCUUUGGCAAACAUCAGUUUGUCAUGAUUCAGUUUCUUUCUAGCUCUAAAAAAUUGUAAUUUGUCACACCUUGAGCUCGAGUUAAAACUAUUCACCUAGGAUUUAAAAUUAAAAUGUUUAUGUGAAUGUGUAGGUGGGUUGCCAGACUAACACUUUGUAUUAGAUAUGGUGAGAGGAACAAAGUUAUGAGACAAUCCCAGGUGGUGCAACAGGCUUACUGGCAAGCUCUAAACAAUGAAGAUUUCUGGCUUGGUGAUGGACAUCUGUUUGUUCCACUGAAAACCAAAGUCAGACUAUAUAUGCCAUUGUUCUGCUCUGGCACCAGCACUUUACUAACAUCAAAAUUUGAUGCAGGAUUACGUGGAAGUAUGUCCCAAGGAAUUCAGUGAGGUCUACUCCCAGGUGAGUGAGUAUAGCAUUGCAGCCUAAAUAGAUUUUUGUAGGAUAAGCACUCUCAGGCAAUGGUCCACAAACACAUUUUAGAGUAGCUCUAUCAUGUUGCUGCAUUUGCUGCUACAGAUUUCUCUUUGGAUAUGCUCUUAGGGUUUUCCAGAUGUGCAUGUAAAUUUAUUGUGUAUAGCAUUGCAGCCUAAAUAGAUUUUUGUAGGAUAAGCACUCUCAGGCAAUGGUCCACAAACACAUUUUAGAGUAGCUCUAUCAUGUUGCUGCAUUUGCUGCUACAGAUUUCUCUUUGGAUAUGCUCUUAGGGUUUUCCAGAUGUGCAUGUAAAUUUAUUGCUAUCUUUUAACUUGAGACUUGUGGCAGAACAUGAGAACUGCCUCCCUUAAAUAUUGUGCUUGAGAUGGUAUGAAAUUUGUUUGCGGUAGCUAUUUAUUAUGUGCACCUGCCAGCAGCUGGUGAAUUGCUAAGUGUAUGAGUUGAUUCUUAGAUGAAUGGAUUGCCCCGAUCCAGAGUGCUUAUUCAGGGAUGUCCUUCAUUUCAGUAGAACUUAAUUUCAGGUAUGUUAUAAAAAAUGAAACUUGCAUCUUUAAAGAUCCCCUGUAAAACUGUUGGCCAGGAUCCUAAGAAACACAUGCACAUUGCAAUUGCAGUGCAUUGGUCGUCACUAUCAAGAGGGUACCUGACUUUCAGGAGUGAUUUUUCUAAGGUUUAGUCCCACUGCACAAUUAAAACUAGGUGUGUAAACCUUUGCAACCUGGACAUAAUUUAUAAUCUAAUACAGUACAGGCAUCCCCCCCACUUACACGCGUUCUACUCACGUGCGACUGCGUGAAUGCAUAGCGCUGGUAAAUGAAUGAAUGAAUGAAUGAAUAAAUAAAUAAAUAAAUAGAAUCAUACCAGGAAAUGGUGGAAGAAAGCUGUAAAGUCCUUGUGACUCAAGAGGAUAUCCUACUAGGAGCCCGAAGAAGGUGUCAGUGAGGGUGGAGGAAGCCCUGAAGACACCUGAUGUGCAGCAGGGUUUUGUUAGGCUGCUCAACCUCCCUGUCUAAUAGCUGGUGUGUGUGGUAGCGCAGCCACAGCCACUUCCCUGUGUGGCCUUCAGCCUCCAACCAGCCCCAGAGCUUUAACUCUAGUUGAAGAGAGUGUCGUGUGGAGAGUGGGAGAGAGAGUUAGAGAGCAGGGGAAUCUUUUUAGAGGGUGCUUCACACUUAUGUGGGAUUAUGUGAUUUCACUUAUGCGCGUGGGUGCCCAGAAUAAGCCCUGUGUAUGUGGGGGGACACCUGCACUUGUAUAGCAGGAUCCAUAUGGAUGGCACUUCGACAGGUUGGUGUCCCAAAUUAACACUCAGCAGGGGGAAAACAGCAGAGGAACACGAGGGAAGAAAGAGACAAGAGUAGCAGGGAACAAGUGAGAUGAUAAGUUCUAGAAUAAGAGUUAAAGUUGUCUGACAUCUUGGCCCCCAAAGCUUGAUUCAUAAUGUUGUCUGACAUUCUACUGGCUGUGAAUGUUGAAAUGACUUCCUACUAAAUCUCUGUAUCUAAAGAUGUAAAGUACGCAAAGAAUCCUCCCUGACUUCUUUUGCUAAAGCUGAACACAGACAAGAAAGAAAAUUACUCCUUUUUAAAAAGUAUCAUUGCAUAACUAUGGCAUUAUUUUUCAUUCUAUAGUGUAAUUCUAUAGUAUCUGCAGGGUGAGGGAUGCAGCCUUCCUCCCAUUGGGUUUGAUACAACUCAAUGUAUUUAACAAAAAGUUGAAUAAGGAGGUGUUGCAGAGCAACUCUGACUUGCUUAAAGUAGCAUUUUUAUUAAGCUAUUCUUUGAAGAGAGUCUAAAUUAUCGAUUAUACUUAUAAAUAUAAAAAUAGAAAUCUAUGUUUUAACUAAGAAUGUAUGCUUCAAUGUUUGCUUAAUAAAAAGAGAUUUAACAUUCAUAUGCAGAUUUAUCCCAGUAUAACUUAAUUAAGUGACGAGAAACUAGUCAUAAAAAUUAGUGUCACUGUAAAUAGUGUUAAUGUAUGUUAGUUUUAUAGGAUUUACAUGUUUCAAAAUGUACAUUGUACUUCCAGAACCACUAUGAAAAUAUUUUCAU